CACUGAACAUCUCUGCGCACAGAGCCAGUGAACACUUUACAGCCAAUGACGGAGCAGCGUAUUUACUGUCACUCCAGAACACUUCUACGAUGCCGGAUGCCUUCACGAAGAAAAUAUCGUUGAGCACACACACAACGCAUCUAUCAUUUCUCCUUAUGCCAGGAUUUUCACGGGACAUGCCACUGACAGAAUCGGAGAUGUUCUGCGAUUGACGGAAACUCGGUUGUUGUUGAUUUGUUGAAAUCAAAAGGCGCAAUUUGUACCUCCGACUGUGGCGGCUGCAACGCUCUUCCUGAAUCUUUAUUUUGGUGUAUUGCAGUGGAGCGUCAUUGUUCAGUGCGGUUUUCACCAGAUGACACGCAACUUAAGGGGCGAUGAAUAUCCUUACUCCAAAUUUUAAGAUGCACAUUUUCCGACCACAGCUCGUUACGAUGGCUCUCAAUAUGGGCAUGUGCCACAUUCCAAGACUACUGCUUGCAAGCAUGGCGCUUCUAACGCUCGUCGCCAAAUCCCAAGCGGCCGUCCACACAGAACAACUAAUCGAUACCAUAUACGGACAGGUCCUAGGAGUGCGGAAGCACGUCAUAGACAACCAGGACGUCGUAGCCUUCCUAGGGAUCCCCUUCGCCAGGCCACCAGUGGGAAGUCGACGGUAUAAACCCCCAGAACCCAUGGAAUCAUGGAGACCUGAAAUCAAGAACGCUUCCGCUUAUGGCGCCUCUUGCGUGCAAGUCUUGGACACCGCGUACCCAAACUUUACAGGUGCCGAGAUGUGGAACACAAAGUUACCCAUGCGGGAGGAUUGUCUUUACUUAAACGUAUGGGUACCGUCACCGCGGCCGACGGCUGAACGCCUGGCAGUUAUGGUUUGGAUAUUCGGUGGUGGUUUUUACGGUGGGGUGGCGACUUUGCCAGUUUACGAUGGUAGCACCUUAGCCGCAACGCAAGGUGUCGUCGUGGUCUCGAUGAACUAUAGAGUGGGAUCUUACGGGUUCUUAUCUAUGGGAACCCCUGAGGUACCUGGGAACAUGGGGCUCCUGGAUCAGGCUAUUGCUCUGCAGUGGGUCCAAGACAAUAUCGAGUAUUUCUACGGGGAUCCGGACAGAGUGACGAUAUUUGGCGAGAGUGCCGGUGCGGUAAGCGUUGGGUAUCAUCUCCAGUCCCGCAUGACGUCGCCCCUCUUCACCCGGGCGAUCAUGCAGAGCGGGACGCCUCUCUGCCCAUGGGCGGUCGUCACGAACGAAGAGGCCAGAAGGAGGGCUAUGAUAUUCGCUCGGAAUCUCAACUGUGUGGAAUACGCGGACGGUACCCCCUUCUCGGAUGCUCAGAUUAUGGCUUGCCUGCGAACCAAGGACCCGAAUGAGACGUUGGAGAACGAGUUUCCGGAGAGUGGCGUCUACGUCUUUCCCUUCGUGCCCGUUGUGGACGGCAUCUUCCUUAGUGAGACUCCGCAGUCGGCUUUCGAACGCCACGCAGUCAAGCAAACGGAUAUCAUGUUAGGUUCCAACACGAACGAAGGCGCUUCCUUCAUGAUCUACUACCUAACCGGUUUCGACAAAGACACAGACAGCCCGAUCAACCAAAGUCUUUUCAACCAAACGAUCGCGGAGGUCUUCAACCCCCUGAACAAGUUUGCCCGGAGCGCCAUCAAAUUCCAGUACACGGACUGGCUGGCGCCCGACGACCCGUACAAACUCCGGGACGCCGCGGAGGCAUUUGUCACCGACUUCAAAAUCGCCUGUCCCAUCUACGAGACAGCUCGGGCUCACACGGCAGGCAGGAACAACGCCUACCUCUACAGAUUCCGUCGGCGGCCCUCCAAUAACCCGUGGGGCGAGUGGAUGGGAGUCAUGCACGGGGACGAGAUUGCCUACGCCUUCGGGCAGCCGUUGCAUCCGAGUAACGGCUUCUCGGAAGAAGACAUCGCACUCAGCCGAAAGAUGAUCCGACUUUGGAGCAACUUUGCAAAAACAGGGAAUCCGAAUACGGGGCACCCGAACGACCCGGACGAGCUUGCCGAGGGUUGGCCGGCCUUCCAGCUCGACUCGCCGAUGCAGUACAUCCUGGACACGACCACGAUAGACGAUCCGUUAGUUACAGAGUAUGACAAGGCAUCGCAGUGCGCCUUCUGGAAGGACUACCUACCGAGACUGGAUGCACAAACCGCUGACAUAAACGAAGCCGAGAUGAAAUGGAAAGAGGAGUUCCACCAGUGGAGCACGAAAUACAUGGUGGAUUGGAAAGCCGAAUUCAACAAUUACAUCUACAACAAGAACCUGGACUGCGAGGGGCCUAACAACUGAGAGCGUGUAGUUGGUGUCAGGACACAAACGACCGAAGCAUGAGUAAGAUACACGUUGGGAGAAUUUAAGACCACAGGGGAAAAUAAAGCUUCCGAUGGUCUUUCCCGCAAUGGAACAUACGCAUGGAGUAUUGAGAAUAUUGUCAAAAUCAAAGGUUCCAAAAUUUAAUGCAAUUUCUCAGUCUUCAACAGCGCAUAUAUCUUACAAUUGAUUCAUUAAAAUAUUUCUUAUACUUAAGGGAUAAUAUUAUGAAAUAUAUUCCAACGGGAUAUGUUUUCACUGUUAAUACCUCAUUGUGCAACACUCCGAUAAAAUCAUUCGUUGUUUUUGAUUACUCGACAUGGGACCAAAAGUACGAAUCAGGUUUUGUAUUUUUCUUACUUCUGUCCCAUUUUUUUCUUAAAUCAUAAUUCUUACCUUUCUUUUAUUAAUUAAGUGGAAUACAUGUUCCUGCAAUCUCAGCUCCAAUGAAAUAUGUCAGGGACAGCAUUUUUUUCAACGGAUGAAUGCAAGGUCUUGGAGAAAUCAGCUUACUACAACUUCAUUGUUCACAGACUUGGGCCCUUUUUGCUCAAUUUGCGAACACUAUUGAACCUUCAGUUACCCCCUACUGGUUCACUGGAGGUAAUUCCACAUGUCCUUAAAACAUCUGCGGAUUCAGACAUUCCUUUGGGCUAGUUAAUUUUUGAAAGCGGCCUCAUUUUAUCCUUGCUUUGUUAGACCCUUAUUUUUUUCAUGGUAUUACCUAUAGACGCGCAAAAUAGCCUGGCUUGUAGCUCAGAAUCUAGACAAAACCAUUUAGCAAUUGAUCUUGGUUGCAAAUUGAAAUCAGUGAAGGACUCGUACUCGUAGUCGUACUCAUACUCACGUACAUUGUUUUGGUACUCGUACCCGUACUGGUACUCGUACCCCUACUCAUGAAAAUGUACUCGUACACUCGUACUCGCAAGAUACCCGUACUCGUACUCAUAUGGCAAAGUACUCGUACUGUUGCAAAUAUCCUCCCGCUAAAAAACCUUUAAGAGCUACAUGCAGGAAAAGAACCAGUUUUGUACUGUCUGUGAGGCUUCUGCAUUUGCUUAAUGCCUAGUUUGAUUACAAACAAAACAAACAUUGAUAGCACGUGGUACUUGUGGAACAUACUCAUACUUGUACUCGUACUCGUGGGAAAAAAUCCUUGUACUCGUACUUAUGGCAAAGUACGCGUACUCGUACUCGUAAUCAUGGCAAUGUACUCGGCAACAACACUGGUGUACAUACACACAUGUUUAAUGCAAGUAUAAAAGAUAGUCAGAUGUAUCUCCAAACAAUAAUCACUCGAACGGAUAUUUAUGUGACUUGCUUUAUUUCUGUGGUCAGGGAGUUUCCUGGGAAGACCUUGAGCCUAAUAGGACUGCCAGUCAACGUGAAAGACGACCUGUUGAUUUUUUAAUCAUUAGUCGAAAUUCCACCGGUAGGGGGUGUCCUCCGGCAUGAGGUAUUGCCAUUUCUUAUUACCUCAACUUGUGAUGAUUUACAGGACUUGAAAUAUUCCAUUAUACGGAAAAUGAGAACGAAAAUGUGUAACGCAAACAUUUACCUAUAGAGCCGAUGGGUUCUAGACUAAGUCAGGCUGGCUUGUUUGCAGUCCUUUUCUGCGGUUAGAUUGUAUUAUGUGAAUGAUUAUGAGUCCUUCCAGUUUAUUCCAAUUUUCAGUUUUCCCCAAUGACCGCCACAAAAUUAUUUUAUAAAUUGUCAUCAUUGUACGAGUACACCGAGUUCCACUAGUCAAUACGUAUUUUAGAUUUUCGGAAGUGAGAGGUCAAUUUUUGGCACGAAAUUUCUCUUUCACGUCAGUCGAUUUUUCAGCUUCCAUAAAUUGAGAUGCCAGUUACAGUAACAAUUUUCCAAAGGCCUUUAUCGAGGGUGAUUUUCUUAAGAAACCAAUGAACCAAAAACUAGCAUCUGUGCACGUUAAUAUUCCAGGUUUCCUGAAGCGCGCCACCAGGCGGCCGGGGGACUUUUAGGCUACAAGGGCCCAGUGUCGAAAACGAGACGUGAUACUGAUAUGACGCAGGAUCACAUGCUUUUAUUUUUGGCUCACAAUUGAUCUUAGGCGAUGCAAGCUAUCCAUUACUGAAAUUCCAGUUCAAAAUGUAAAACAGUGGAAUGUGUGAUUGCCCUACCGGGGAAAAACUCAGAUACGGCUCUAGGCCUACAAAUGCAUUUCUUGACAAGUUCGUCAAAUUCUCAGAAAGUGCUGGCCGGCCCUGUUCGAAGCGCUGUCAUCAAACUGAUUGGAACGCUAUUAAGCUUGGUUAUCAACGACUCGGGGGAAAAUAGAAGUAGAGUCAAAAUGAAAAGGUGUCGACAGAGGGCUAGGGAAGAUGCUUGCAUUGAGCAAACACACUGUAACGUUGGGGGCGCUGUACCAAGCAUCCGGACAGUUACCACAGCCUCAGGCUGUGUCUGCGGCUGGAAUUACACGCGUGGCUAUGGCAGCGGCUGCAGCAACUUCUCAUAGACCCGUGUGUAAUUUCAAGCCACAGCCAAGUUAUUCGGACACGGCCUAUGACUGUAAGUGGUGUUUAAAGCUAUGCUACGUCUAAUGUCGACAUGUUCACAUCAUGUGGUAAAUGUUGAGGACAUACUGAGACAGCACUGUGGCAGCUCUACUAGACAAGAGUUCUGGAGUGCGGUGUCGUAUGAAAUUCAGACUCCGGUGAAAACUGGUCUCAUUUUAUACCUUAUAUGGAUUCUUUCCCUCCCACGUGACCUGUCAUGUCCUUAUUAUCUUCAAUAGGCAUGCGCAAUGCAACUGGAGGCCGUAUUUCAUAGAGUCCAUCUUUCGGUUGCUUUUGUUGAGAUUUUAAAACAGUACAUGAAGUAUUAAAGGAGCAACGUAGGGAAAUAUCAAAACGUGGAAACAAACAAUUUAAUCGCAAUUUAUUAAACUAAAAUAGUAUUUUAUAUGAUGGAUUUUUUGCGGGGAAAAUAAUCAACAUUUAGCUUUGCCUUUACUAUACAGUACACUGAUGAAACUACGUCGGUGAAGGGCAAAUCCCAAUUACAUUUUGUAUUCCUAAUUCCUGUAAAUGUGCCCAUAAAUAGGAGUCACUUUUUCGUCAUAAGUCAUACCUUAGGGAGACAAAGUAGAUUAAGGAGACAUUUCAAUGUCUCCCUAAUGUCACAUUCCUAUUUAGAGGCAAAAUGUUACCGUCGCAAAUAGGCUAGAUCGAUUGCUCGCGGUCCGAAGCAUAAAUGUACCAAAAUUCGUGGUGGUAUGAGCAGGUAAAAUAGUGGUUAGGGGUCAUGAGAGUUUGAAAAAAAAAUUGUGCACAACCCUACGGGAAUGUCUCCCUCACAUAUCAUACUCGGUAAUUAAUAAUUUUACAAAUUAUGAUUGGAGGUAAAUUCAAGUUGUGGCAGCAGAAAAAAAUGUCCGUUUCCAUACAUUCCUGUUCCAAUUCUAACAAGAAUCGACUUUUUGUCCCAUAACGGUCAAUGCACUUCGCAGUUUAGUUUAAGUACAUUCAUGUAAAUAUAUUCACCAUUACUAUUAUUCAUGUAAUCCUAUGCAUUAUUACAUAAACAUACGUUCGUCAUAUACCGUCGUAAACUUGUAAAUUGGUGUACCAUGUUUGAUUGCCACAUAAAUUAUGUAUGUAAUGAUAAACCGUAUAUAUUCAUAUUUUAUGCAAAUUAGUAAGAUAUAAUGAUAAGAGGUUUCAACCUACUGCGGGAAUGUCUCACCGUUUCUGUAUUACAGAUUUCAUAUUAAUGUUGAAUACUGUAAAUAUGUGUCAUUAUAUAUUAAUAACCAUACCCGAAGCAAUAAAUUAUUGUGUGAUUGUACAGUAAUUGUAACGUGGACAAGUUCAGACA